AUGCUUUUCGCAAGUGUCCAACGGUGGAUCGCCAAUUUGCACAAGCUAGCUUCGGAUGAACAGCUCGUGCUGUCGAGCUCCACGAAUGCAAGGCUGGAGGUCGAGACGGCAACGACAGGCUCGCAGUCGUGUUGCAACGCCCUCGUCCAGCUGCUCGGCGACCGCCGCGUCGUGCGACCUGGCAGCGAGGCCUACGAGUCCUCGGUCCAGUCCUACUUCAGCCUCAAGAACAGUGAGACACAGCCAUCCUGCAUAGUGGUAGCCAGGUCGUCGAGCGAGGUGUCGGCGGCGGUGCGGUCCUUGAGCAGGGGUCGCGAGCUCGGCAAAGAUUCGUGCAGAUUCGCCAUCCGCAGCGGGGGCCACACGCCGUUCAAAGGCGCCGCCAGCAUCGACGACGGCGUGCUGCUGGACCUGCGCCGUCUCGACGCGCCCGGUGUUUCCGAGGACCGCAGGUCCAUCGUGGUCAGCCCCGGUUGGACGUGGGACCAGGUCACCGAGCGGCUGGACCCGUACAACGUCAGCACGCUGGGCGCGCGCGUGGCCAGCGUCGGGGUCGGCGGCGCGGUUCUCAACUGCGGCACGUCCUUUUUUUCGCCGCGCUACGGCUUUAUCUGCGACAUGGUCGACGAUUUCGAGGUCGUCUUGGCCAACGGAACCAUCCUUCACGCCAACGAGCGGGACAACAAACGCCUCUGGAAGGCCUUGAGGGGCGGCGGGAACAACUUUGGCGUGGUUACGGCAAUCACCUUGCGCACUUUUCCCCAGGGUCGGUUCUGGGGCGGCCAGGUCUUCCACGAUAUCUCCACCAGGAAGGAGCAUUUCAAAGCCCACGCCGAGCUGGCCUCGACGCACCCGUACGACCCGUACGUCCACUACAUCAACAAUCUGAUCUUGAGCAAAGCCACCAAGGGUUGGUUUAUCGGCAGCAGCUUGCAGUAUACCAAAAGCGACCCGCCGGUCGUCGAACCCAAAGUCUUUGAACCCUUUUUGGCAAUCAAACGGGCCGCUUUGUUCCCCGGCGGCCCGACAAAUACGUUGCGCAUCGACAACGUGACGUCUGUGGCGCGCGAAUACGCCGCGCUCGCCACCGGCCCGAAGCGCUGGCUGUUCGCGACGACAAGCUUCGCGCCGUCCGCGGACAUGAUGGAGGCGUUUUUCCAAAUGGCAGACGAGACCUUUCGGCCGCACCUGGAGCUGGCCGGCUUUUCGGUCGCCAUGGCGUACCAGCCAAUCCCACCGUGCAUGGCGACGCGGCGCGGGGAGCCCGACUCGCUCGGCCCCGUCCAGACCGAGGGGAGCCUCAUCUAUGUACACCUGGCCGUGUCGCUGGGCGAAAGCGAGGGGGCCAGCGACCACGUCAUCGAGAGCGCCGUCCAGGGGCUUGUAGGCCGCGCCCAGCGCAAGGCAAGGGAGAUGGGCGUCUACCGCAGCUACGUGCAGGCUACUUAUGCCGACAGCUGGCAGAACCCUCUUGACCGUCGCAGCGCGUCCACCGUGGAAGACUUGAUCGCCGUCAGCCGAGAAUACGAUCCUGCAGGGGUUUUCCAGUACCAAGUCCCUGGAGGCUUUAAGCUUCCUCGACGAGCUUCGGUUGGUGGAUCAUAA